UAUUAACGAAUCUUAAUUAUAAAUAGAGACAAGAGCGACUGACGUUGCUAAAAAUCCAUCCACUUGUAAAGGCAAACAAGUUGUAUCACGUUGGACCCAUAGACAACCACUUCAACAUUUAACACUUUUUAAGUCAUCUUCUAAUCUUCUCCUAAAGAUUGAACAUCCUUCACGAAUGUCUUCAUAUCCCAAUCUAGAUUUUUUCCCAACAUCUCCUUGUUCAUGGGAUGAACUUUUGUUCUCUCACCAUAUGCUUUCAAGAGUCCACAUAAAAGAUGAAAACUUCAUUUUCCCGGAUCGUAGUGAGGAACAAUAUGAGCAUUCACCCGAACCAGAUCCAAACAAAAUCUUAGACGAAGAGAAGGAGACCUUACAAGUAACUUCAAAGCUAGAAGAGGAGCCCGAAGCCUUAAAAAAGCGGUUCAUUGGGGUCCGAGAAAGGCCAUGGGGGAAGUUUGCAGCAGAGAUAAGGGAUUCAACAAGAAAUGGGAUUAGGGUUUGGCUUGGGACGUUUGCUAGCGCUGAACAGGCCGCUUUGAUUUAUGAUCAAGCGGCAUUUUCGAUGAGAGGUUCCUUGGCUCAACUCAACUAUCCAAUUGAGACUGUGAAAGAGUCUUUAAAAGGGAAAAGCUACGGCUUUUACAAGGACGGAUCUUCACCAGCAGCAGCCAUAAAAGAAAGUCAUAGAGUGAGAAGAAUAUCUAAAAGUAGGAGAAACAAUAAGAACCAAGUGUCUCCCAAAACACCUGUUGUUUUUGAGGAUUUAGGAUCUGAUUUGCUAGAACAGCUCUUGAGUACACCUGAAAGUUCUUGUUCUAGUACACGUUCUUAAAUUCGAUUCAUUGUAAACUCUGUCGUUUUUAAAUUCACUAUUCACAAGAUCAUUAUUCAUUAUCUUCAUGUUCAUCUA